UCCAAUACCUUGCUAACUUGUAGAAAAGGUAUGUGUCAGAGCAGGUGAAGCUAUAAAGGUGUAACUUGGUUUUGUAGUUAAAAAAUAAGGAAGAACAUUUUUGGUGUCUUGUUUGAUCUUGUAGAACGUGGAAGUGCAUCGUUUCAAUGGCCUCCAAAGGACAUGGCGACACCAACUCAGGACAGUUACCCCCGGCCCCAGCUUACUCCGAAGAGGUGCCGCCUGGUCACAAUGCUGUGUACCCAGCGCCCACUGUGGUGCCACCGCCCCCAAGCUACCUGACACCUUCAGCCCCACCGGAUCAUAUGAUGAUGCCUGCCUCUCUCGAACCACUCAAUGUUGUCUACCCAGCUCCCACAAACCCUGGAUUCCCACCACCUGGAUACGUGACCCCUUCCGCUCCCCCGAUGAUGCCUGCCCCUUUCGGACACCCUAAUGCUGUCUACCCCGCGCCCACGAACCCCAGAAUCCUGCCAGUACCCCCAGGCUACGUUACCCCUCCGGUCCCUGCGAUGAUGCCUGCCCCUUUCGGACACCCUAAUGCUGUCUACCCCGCGCCCACGAACCCCAGAAUCCCGCCAGUACCCCCAGGCUACGUUACCCCUCCGGUCCCUGCGAUGAUGCCUGCCCCUCCGCCUGAUCUCCGACCCACCGGCUGCCCCCCAGGACUGGAAUACCUGAUUCAUGUCGACCAGCUUCUCGUCCAUCAGACUUUUCAUCUGGCCGAACUGCUGAGUUGGGAGGUUAGAAAUUCCUACAAUGUGAAGAACAGUAUCGGGCAACAAGUGUUUCUGGCGGAAGAGGAGAACAACUGCUGCAACCUACAGUGCUUUGGCCCCAGCCGACCUUUCACCUUUCACAUCCAGGACAACCUGGGGCAGGAGGUGUUGACCCUGAUGCGCCCUCUUGCGUGCAGCUACUGCUGCUUCCCCUGCUGCCUGCAAGACCUGGAGGUGCAGAGUCCCCCCGGUAUUCCAAUAGGCUAUGUGGUGCAGGAGUGUCACCCGUUCCUGCCCAAACUCACUGUGCUGAACGAGAGGAGACAGCCUCAACUGAGGAUCAAAGGGCCGCUGUUUUUCUGUAGUUGUUGCAGAGACGUCACAUUUGAGGUGAAGACUCUGGAUGACUCAAUGUUGAUAGGGCACAUCAGUAAGCAGUGGUCCGGCUUCCUGCGUGAAGCCUACACGGACGCAGAUCAUUUUGGAAUCGUGUUCCCACUGGACCUGGAUGUGAAGAUGAAGGCUGUGCUGCUGGGAGCCUGCUUCCUGAUCGAUUUCCUGUAUUUUGAGGAAAGGAAAGGAGACAAGAAACAUUGA